AUUGUUGUGAUUGACAGUAAGCAGCACCAUUUCAAAGGGGUGAAAAUGUCCAAGACCGUGCUGCAUAUUGGAUUACCUUAUCGCACACAUAUUUCGCACAGAUAUAGUAAAUGAUAAACAGGUGUUUCUAGGCUCAGUACGAUAAACAACGAUGUUACAAGAAUCCACCUCUCGAAAACAAUACCCAUCGGACACCACAACAGAUGAUGUCAAGCGGCUACAGACCCAAGUUCGCGUCUUCAAGCGCUGGUUAAACUGUCUUUUGAAGCAGGCCAAUGCUCGCGAGUUGGUGGACAUUCUGGAUUUCUUCAGAGAUACCAAGAAUUUAUGCUGUGUGUGCAAGCAUUUACUUAGCCAGAAAACUAUCUCGAUGACAGAAUCCUCUUCAGAAGGCACAUCUUGUUUGGAGGAAGCGGUCGCCAUGCUUGAACGUUUGUACGGACACGAAAUCUCAUCUGCCGUGCACACUGCGGUCGUUGAAAUCUCCGCCGAACUCCCGUGGGACUCAGAAGCCCAGUUAAAAAGUGCAACAAACGAUACGAUCAAAGUCUUCAGUCGUCAUAAUCUACUCCUUCUAGGUUUAGAUACGAUUUGGAUUUUUAUUGUUGCCGUACGCGCAGGCACUGGUCCGCCCUCCAACUUAGCUGGAUCGGUCAGUUCUUCGGGGUCCACUAUCACGCGCCGGAGUAUUGGGACUCACUCGGGUAGCCAGUCCCAAUCGGUCAAUUUGACAUCCGCUCGAACACUGUGUGUCGAUCGUUGGCUCACGGCGCAAGAUGAACGCUUGAUGGCUUGGUGCUUAGCAGUGACUGAAGGGUAUUUGGGUUUGAACAUCUGCAACUUCACACAUUCCUGGCGCGAUGGAUUAGCUUUUCUAGCCAUUGCCCACCAAAGCCGUCCUGAUUUGUUCAGCUAUGAAACUCGGCUGGACAAAACACCUAACCAAAAUUUAUCCUUGGCAUUUCACUUGGCCACAGCCGAGUUUGCCACACCUCGUCUACUGGAACCGGUGGAUAUGCAUCCGGAACAUGUGGACGCCCGCGCCACAGCUACCUACGUCCUCGAAUUCCGCAAAGCGGUAGAAAGGGAUCGGAAGCGCCGUUCACGUGGCGUGCUAGAAAUACAGACUGCUGCUAUGAGUCAAGAAGGAAGCAAUUCAGGCACACCAGCUGCAAACGUAACAGUUCUGAGUUGCUCCUCACCAACACCUUCUACUGAAAGUGCCUCAGACGUAACCUGGCUAGACGACGAAGUAGACGAUGAUUCUGGCGAAGAAUCCCAUCAUCAAACUCAGCCCAACCCUGAUUUGUUUGACUCGACAAUUGAGACCACUUUGGCAUGGCUGCUAGCCAUGGAAGAACGCUUUGCGAACAAUGACAUCACCGGCUCAGAUGCUACGAUGCAGCUGGACCCACAGUUUAACUGGUCCGUGUAUGGUAGCGGAGAUUUUCGUCAUCAGUGGAAUAAGCUGUCUCACUGGACCUUGGAAGAACGGAAAGAAAUUGAGUCGCUUCUGACAUUCACUGCUGAACGCCUCAAGAAGCUUCAUACAAAGAUCCGCAGCCGAGCAGACGAAGCCAUGGAGCAUUUUGAAGUGCACGAGGACUUGAUGGCUCAUCUGUGUCGCCGUCAGAUGAGUGUUGGUCGCUGUCUUCGGUUAGGCAAUCGUAUAAUUCAAGCGUGUCGCGAACGAGCUGCAUCGUCGGAUCCCUUCACCAGAAACCAGUCAAAGGAUGAGCAGUUGGAUGAGGAACAACUGCGCAUCCGUGAACGCUUGCUUGUCAUGGACCCCGAUGCAAUACAGCGCCAGACGGCUUUACUGUCUACUCGAUGGAACAACUUGUGCCGCGCAAGCCAAAACAUGGGUCGCCGGAUUACUAGCUGUUUGUUGCGCCGACAAGGGAUGCUUUUGGCUGCAGUACGUUUACAGCUUGAGAAACUAGAGGCGGAGCAAUCUCGCCAAGCAAGUCUGCCGUUCGGCCCUUCUAUUCGAGAACUCAAGGCACAAUUGGAAGUUAAUCGCUCCCUCGAAGAGGGUAUUGAGAUUGGCGAAAUACUGGCUGAACGUCUGGAUAACUUCAUCAUGCUGGUUCCUCCGAAACCUGUAGGGAAGGAGGGGGUCGCUUUGGACAGGGAAGUGGGCUUGGAUACAGUGAUAACAGAGUUGGCAAGCCGAUGGGGUCGGCUUGUUGAGUGGGUGAAUACUCGAUACGCAAAACUGCAAAAUGCUCUUUUACACUGGAGACACUUCGACGAAGAGGCCAAUUUACUCUCUGACUGGUUAACCGAAAGAUCAGAGGAAGUGGCGUAUGUAAUGAAAGUCGCAAACACCGCCAUUUUGGCUUCCGGACCGACACAUUUAUCUUCCCGAGAACGAAGCACAACAUCUCCCGCCUUGCCUGUAUGUCAAACCGAUACGAACAAACGUUCCCUGGAAGCGACGGGCGGAACCGGCGAGAUCACAUCAGACAAUAUGCAAGCCAUUAUUGAGGCGAAUGAGGCUGAAAUUGCCGCGGUAGAAGCCUGUGUAAAUACACACGAACCUCGUUGGGCCCAACUACUUGCUAGCCUAGACCGGCGGGCUCAGGCCGUUCGGGAAGCAUGUGGCGACACGGAGCAAGUUAGCCGAUUGGUUGAGGCCACAGUGGAUCAACUGGUUUCACGUUGGAGUCAGCUGACCGAACCGCAAAUGUCCACUGAAGACUGGAUCGAUCGAUAUAGUAAGGAUAUUGAUAUCACACAAGACUAUAUGAAUCAAGGUAGUGAAGCGACUGAAACUCAGAAGAAUGUAUCCAAUGCUCAUCCAGGAACGACGGAUUCCCAUCAUCAGGCAAGCUCGGAGCUCCUAAUUCCAGAUAAACAAAAGUUAAAGGUACCUAAGACCCCAGGAGCUGAUGUUCCUCCUCCAUCGCCAACAGGUUACAGAGCAGAGUUCGAAUCGAAAGCAGAAGAAUUGUUGAACUGGUUAGAAAACAGUGCGGAGGCGCUGGAGUUGAUUACCAUGGAGAGAAAUCGAGCCCUCGAGGUUGCAGGGCAAGCUCAAGCUGUCGGACGUGUAUCUCCUCACGUGACUGCGCCUGACAGAACCGAGAACGCUGUACAAGUUAUCGAACGAAUCUCGAGAGAAGUAACCGAGUGGCGCCAGACCAUGAAACAAGUGCUCACUAUGGGCGAAAGAUAUCGUGAGGAACUCCUCGAGGUUGGGGAGAACAUAGAAGAGCUGGAUCAGCUGUUCGAAGACGUCGAAGAGCGUUGGGGCUACUUACACACUUUAUUGGACGAAGCUCAACGUCAGGCUCGGGUGAAUACAAACCGAAUGGAGUUUCAACAGGAAGUGUCCAAGAUUCUCAAACUGUCGCAGCACGAAGAUAGUGGUCGUGAGAUGAGUUCUGGUGGCGGAAAUGUCACCACGGAAGUGGCACCACCAGUUCCGCUGGAUUCAAAUGAAAAGUUGCGCGAACAAAUGGCCUCACAGCUGGAGCAGAUCGGCAAUCAGUUACCCCGAGUGGAUGAAAUCCUCAGCGAGUCAAAUCUAUUCACAAGUCCAGACGACUUGGAAGAACAGCUAAAUAAUAUGAAGACUCUUCUCCGAGAUCUGUUGGACGAGCAGAAACGGUUGAUGCAACUGGCCUCUAAGCGAGACUUAUUCACCGCGAAUGGUUUCAGUCACUUACGUGAGCAAGCCACGGCAAAUGACGCGCGUUUGACCGUCACAUGUGCACGAUUGAAAAAUCGUAUCACCAGCCUUCAAGAUACAAACGAUCAAGUGGAAUUCUUUAUGAAUCAGCUAGAAGGAAUUGAGAAGUGGUUAGCUGACAUGCACGAGUAUUUGGACUCAGUGUCUAAAGCGGAACUCACUUCUGUCACCAUGAUUCGAGCCCAGCUACAGGAAAGUUCGGAAGCGUUGCAUGACAUGGAAACCCUCGAACCAACUUUGGCAAAAGUCACGGAGGUUGCCACCCAACUUGCGGUCUAUUUCUGCCCAGAAUACAGAAAACUUCUAGUGGAACGUUUGGAUGGACUACACGGAAACUGGAAUGAAGUGCUGCAGUUGACAAAAUCUAACCGGGAUCAACUAGAGCGGAGGCUGAUAGGAAAACAAGACGAGCAUCCACUGUCAACUGCCACCACAGGACCUGCUCUGAGCGACAAGGCCACCGAAUCAAUUAAUACCGCGCUGGCCGAGUUCGACCCACUCACAAACCUGGACUCUGGAGGUGCCGAGGUGGAUUCACACACGAACGGGUCUUCUGUCGCGCCCAACCUUGUCACGCAGUCAAGCGUCAUUGUCGGCACAACACCAGUAGCCACCAGAGUCACCGCAUCGCCGAAAUCGGCAAAGAACACGACCCACCCACCAGGCGUUUUGGAGAUUGCACCAAAGUUAGUGGUUAACCUUGAGCAACUGGAACAGUGGAUGACGAACGCAAAGAAUCACCUUGCCAACUUUGUCAACGUGGAGACUCAGGACAAACUGGAAUCCAUGAAAUCUGUAAUACAGACGCUGACGCAGGAGAUUGCCGAACGGCGUCACGUACUUGGAGCUCUUGACACACACACGGCUGUCGACAUCAACAAUGAAUCGUUGACGGAAACAGACUCCAUGUUAAUGAGAGCGCACUUCGCCGAUCUGGAGUCCGCCUUAUCUGAAGAGCGUGAGCGUCUUCGUGGAGCCUUGUACUACUUGGCCGAUUUCAACACCAUACUGGGAGCAGAGCGGCGUUGGUUCCAAAACAUACGUGACACACUGGCCCACAUGAACAGCGUGGAGUAUACAUAUAUCACGGAGUUGGCCGACGACACUGAAACACUCGACCGGCUGUCAAAGGAACACUCUGCGGAGGAUGUGGACCGCUUGGAUUCAUUGGCGAAGUCAUUGUCAUCGGCCCGCAUUUUAAAUUCACACAUUCAAAAAGAAUUGCGGGUUUACAAAGUGGAGUUGAGUGGUAUCAAGGAGGACCUCCAUCGUACGCAAUCGGAGGCCAAAAGCAUAUUGGAUAUACUUCAAACAUCGCAGUCGCAAAGUUCAGAAAUCGUAGCGUCGCUACAAUCGCUGAAGCCCACACUGUGUGGUCUAAUUCCCUCCGGCACUAAACCUUCCAAUGAUCCAUCCCAGCUCACGGAAUGUGCCAACACGAUUUCAAAUGCAGAGGCUUACGUGCUACAUUUGACGAAUGAGAUCAGCAAAUUCCACAGUGAUAGUGCCACUCACCGAUUUUUGAAUCGAAAAUUACAAGCGAAUAUUGAUCAGAUUCAGAAACAUCUGAAGCCGGUGCAGAAUCUGAUGGUCAAGCUGAACCGACAGGUUGACAUCGAGUCGAAGCUGACCGGAGUUCGUCAACAAGUGGAAGCAAUUGAGAAGAGUACACAUUUAUUGGACAUCACAUCUGUCAAUCCGGCUGACAUACAAGAAAGCACAGAAAAAGCGAAGGAGAUGCUUGCCACGUUGAACCAACUCAAGGUUGACCUUGACGAGCUUCGGAAACCGGACAAUUCAUCGGACGAUAAUAAAUUGCUUGCUUCUUCCGAACCGAUAGUGACGCAUCUCUCCUCCUUACAAGAUCGUCACAGAGGUGUGGUCAUGAUUAUCCUGAUUGCACUCGGACGAUUGGAGGAUGCUCUACCAUUGGCACAAAAACUGGACGGUCUGAUGACAAAUUUGGACAAACGCGUCUCAAGCAUUGAAGAGGUCAUGGACUACUUAGACACUACAGACUGUCCUACCUCACGAAAAGAUAUGCUCCAGCGUGCUUAUUCGAGUCUUCAGGAAUUGUGUGAAACUGUCGGCUUGUUUAGUGAUAUCCGCCAUGUGUUGGAGAAGCUCAAGCCGUUGACGAUGACGCAGCCCACCGAAUCGUCCCCGGAGUGCAUUGCGGAAAUCGAGCGACGUAUAGAAUGCGUGUUGGCAACGAAAGAGGCUUUUCAGUCACAACUGGAGCAAGCUGAAUUGGCCUCGAAGGAUCAACUGACCGAGAACACGACUGUGGCUUCGCAACCGCCGGCGUCAGCUGUUGGGACAACUUCUAUCGGUUCAAAACCAACCAUGGGCCAGCUGAUCGAUUCAUUGCUCGCACCCGACGCGCAGGUCUCCUCGUCCAUACGUGACUUGGCACGCGAAAUUCGUGAUCACUUCAAGGGCAUGGUCUUGUUCAACAGAUAUUGUUUGGGAACCAACGCUCCACCGCCUUUGCUUUCAGCAGAAUUCGACGAUGUGAAGUGCUAUUCAUGGGGCGCGAAAGAUUAUGAAACCACUGUGGCAGAGCGUAUAGCCAUAAUCAAGGUAUUUCACAGGUUCUCUGAAAACUAUUUUCAGCAACAGCGCGAGCACCUAAAUGAUCGACUGAAAGAGAUGAUUGUGAAUGCGGACGGUGAUCGAACUGCUAACAGGUUAGAGAACCUGUUGAACCUCCAGACAAUGUGGCGCGAGACUAAUGAACAGAUAGACCGCCGAAAUGGUCACAUGGUUUUGUUGGAACACCAGCUAAAUUCUGCCCAAACAGCCAUAUCUGAAUAUGCGCGUGAUCCAACAGCGGAGAAACUGGCCAACAACAUGAGUAUAAUUGAACGAUUAGAAAACACCUAUUGCUGGAAGUUGACCGCCGACCGGGAACAGCUUUCGCAAAUGAUUACCUCGAACAAAGAUGCAUCACGCGUUCUCACCGUUGAUAAAGGUACUGGUGUCAAUAAAGUCUUUGAGAAUGACUCUCUUGGCAAAUAUGAAUUUACAUUGAGGACCAUGGCACGGUACCUGAACGAUGUUGAAGUUAAUCUGGACCGAUUGAACAGGGAACAAGCUACGACGGACCUUGGAAAAGUAAUUGGAGAUUUGGAGAACCGCUUUGACCAGUGUUUUCGACUGAUGACCGAAGCGGAGGAGAAUCUGAACGAAAUCCGGAACAGCUUGGGAAAAGAUGAACCAAGAGCCAACGAACGACCUGACAACCGAUUAGUCUACGAUGAUGAACAUAUUUGGCUGAAAGUGCUAUUGGACGCCCAGAAGUAUCGGCUAAAUGCUUACUUUGCCGAUUUUCGAACACACCGAAGUAUGUGGCAGCUCCGGCGGGACCAGUGGGAUGCUCUUCGCACUCGACUGGCUCGCGUGAAGCAUUUGAUGGACGAAUUUUGUGAUUCGGAAGGAACUAAGCGAUCGAUUGCUGAAUCAGAACUGAAGGAGAGGAUCGCUUAUCUGUACCAGCAAUUUGCGAUCGUACGUAAGUCGGCCAUGGAGGUUAUUCACGCGGACACUACCGAGGCUACAGUCCGUCCUUCGAAUGCUAUGGAUUUGGUGUCCAACUCUCUGCUCACUGAGGACUCUGAGGAGAAACCACCUGCAGUGCCCCCGAGACGCAAUAGCCUACAUCGCAUGGAACUCGGUAGCAUGGAGGAUGGCGAGGCUCGACUACUAACGCAAGAGUUGAGUUGGAUGGAACAGCGGCUGCGGAACAUUUGCAAACGUCACGAAAUCAGUUGGUUAGACGCCGAGAGAUUGGACACUGCAAAUGAUCAUGCAACGGCUCCUAUUCUCGUCACUGCUCAUGAAGAUCCUGCGCCUAAAACGGGAGUUCCACACGUCAACUCGAAUUGGAUGGAAGAUGCUGAGCCUAUUCCUGUCAGCUACCUCGACGCUCUUGGCCCUUACCGAAGAGAUGUGGAGGCGUGUCUUAGGGGCCUGAAUGAAGAGACUUUUUGGUUCAUCGAUCGAUCGGGGUUGGUACCCACCAGUCUGCUCAAACGUAAGUCGGAUGACAUUCUCUUGACUUCUGGACGUACCAGGCCAAGCACAACCGUGGAACUGCAGCUGGACGCUCGCUUUUGGCACAACGACACAUUGGAUACAGACGGCGUCGAUGCAAACCGUCUUUCCAUCGAAUUCACACCUUCGUGGUUAAAAUCGAAGUGGGCCGAAUUGGAGGCACUGAUCGAACUGACAUUCGAUCACGAAAAACAGGCGGAUGCAUUGUGUCGGAAAUCUGCGCACUUGGUUCGCUUACUUCGUGAUUCCGAAGCAAACCGAUUCAACUCAUCCUAUACGAAAGUUAUCGCAAGGUUGGAAUCCAGUUGUAGCCGAAUGUCCGAAACCCUGUCCCUGGCGCAGGCUGCACUAAGACGCCGUAAAUUAUGUUUGACUCGAUGGCAGUCGGACUUGGUGGAGCUGGACACACUUUUGGCUGAGAUUAAAACUCUGAUGGGCUCCUACGAGAUGACCGGCUGUGUCAUUCAGGGUGACACCACUAGUGAGUGGCUUGCAGAUUUGCGACGCAGACUAAGCGAGCCUUCCAGCGAGGACAACAGGCAUUUGUCUCGGAAAUAUUGGAUGUCCGAAUUGAACCCACAAUACAACGGACUUGGUAAAUAUCUGGCUAAAUUGGAAGCCAGUUGGGCUCGAGUGCAAGAAACAUUGUCUUCUCCCGAUCAGUCUAUGAUGAUGGUGCGCGUGCCGGACCAUAUCGCAUCGCAAAUCGACUCCCUCCUGAACGAGUGGGAAUGCCUGUGUACCACAUUAGAAUUGCCUUACGCAAAAGGGCGCAAGUGCCCCAACUCCCAUAAGCAAACAGCAGAUAAUCAGGUUUCUGCCACCGUUAUAUGCGCUCCAGUCCAGUGGUCUAACGUCUCUCCGGUUCUGGCCAUCGCCCAGUCCUCCUCGAGUCAAGGUGGCCCUGUUGGUCAUGUGCUCUCAGAGGUGGCACAGACAAUGUCACCAACAAUGACACGCAUGCGACAAGAGGUGGAUCAACUUUCCCGUUGGCUCAGUGCAGUAACGAACUUUUCUCUACAAAGCAGAGCGAAGCUGGGCGAUCGCUUUGAUCAAGAAACUGUCAAUCAGCAGUUGCUGCACGCAAAGAUGGCGACAACUGGAGGCUCCAGCCCGAACAUAUCUGAGACUUUUCAUCCGGCUGCGCUGCAACUGAAAAUUCAACAAUUCCUAACCGAACUCAACGCACGCAAGCCACAGCUGGAACGGAUCAGUGUGGAAAAAGAACGCCUUUUUCAUUGGGACAGCGAGGAAGCUUUGACAGGACAGCUCAGUUCACAAGAGAGUGGAGGUCAUCGCGGUUCUGUACACCCUGUGGCUGACGGUGGCUGUUGGAAUUCAGUUGGAACAGACAAAUCACUCAGCAUCAAAUCUAGCAACCAGGUUCACAAUGAAAUUGUGAUUCCUACAAUAUUUACUUCUGAGGAAAGUGAAAACCGUGUGAGCUGUUCCGAAGAACAAAAGCAGCGCUCUCCAACCGACUACAAUCCUGGAGUGGUUUGUAAAGCAGAACCUGCCUUUAAGCCACACCCUAUUGUGUCAGCUCACUUACCAGCUGUUUCCACCGUCGCUUCCAAUCCUCACAACUCCGUCGUUGAAUGUAAACAUUUCCCCGAAAUCAAACGGACGUUAACACCCUCUUGUGAUACUAGCGUUUCGGAUACUAUGGAUGUUAAAAGGACUUCAAUAUUUUACGACGUAUCCGUUCCAACGACUAAAGUUUCAACGAACUCGCACGAAUCUCCGAACCGGCGACCAAGUAUUGAAAGUUUGCCUCAGUUUUGGGAUGCGGCUGAGAAACGAAUGACAGAGCGGUCUAAUGAACUGGAGGUAAUGAUCACGGAGACUCAAAAGCUAAAGGAUGUCGAGCGUGAUGUGGACCGAUGGUUGGCUAGAGUUGAAAGUGAAAUGGACGCUCUUGAGACACCCAGGACAUUGUCUGCUCGGACUGGUGCUGAAGUGGAUUCUCCUCGCCGGUUGCCCAUCACCCCAGACACCGGAAGAAAACGGUUGCAGGAAAUUAACAACAGUUUACCAGAGGGAAAUAACAAGCUGAAUCGCUACAGGGAGGAAUGUGAGGCGUUAAUCUCUCGUUUCAAUGCGGAGGAUACAAGUCGGCUUCAAAAGGAUUUGGAGCAGAUAACCAAUCGGUGGGACAGCCUGAACGACCGACUGAAGCGGUUAUCAAAAAUGAUGCGAACUGAGGCGAGCUACGACGAUCUACCUCACGAAACUGAUCGUGCUGUGUUGGAACACACGGGACGAUCUUCCAGCCACGAACGACCUUUGGCGGCCUCCACUGACGCCGUCUCUUCCAGUGGGGUUAUGCGUGGUAGCAGCGGCAGCAUCAAUGCGAGGGAAAAGUUGCAGCAACGAUUGGAAUACAUUGAACGAAAAGUUACUCAUAUCGGUCAGAUGGAAUCGGAUUUGCAGCGAAACUGUUCUAUGGACGAAGAACCUGCCGCUUUGAAUGCCCAGCGAAUUCAAAUACUUGGUGAACUUCAGGCACUCCAAAGUGAAAUCAACACACUGUCGAGUCAGCUGUCCGGUAGCGUGAAACCCUGCAACCAGGAGUCGAAUGCCUUCCCCGACACCGAUUUCCUCGCCAGAUGGCGCCAGCUGCGAGACAAGGUGGCUGCUCUCAGGCAGAGUAUCCACACCAGCCCUAGUCACAAUACUUUAUUCCUAGCUCGAUUAAAACAACUGAACAACUGGGUCGCCCACAGAGAUGCCGCUUUCCGGGCCACCGUCUGUCCACUGACCGGGAACCUUCUGUUCAUUAUGAAGCUUCGUGAUAUGGUGACGGGAUUGUUCAAAGAGCUAGAAAUACAAAGUGCCCAGAUUGAGGAUGUGCUACAACAGGGCCGUAUUCACUAUGGCGAGGAGCGAUACGAUCCUGCGGUGAGUGUCGACUCGGAACAUGAAUCAGACGGAUCAGAGGGAGCCGCUCUUUCAGAUACCGCGCCCAAUUCACUACCGGGGAAAGAUGAGCACUCCAAACGUACGAUUCGUCGAAUCCGAAGGCAUUUAUACCAUCUUCGGAAGCGUUGGCUUGCUCUGAACACAAACAUGUUAGAUUACAAGCAACAGCUGGAUUCGGCCUCGGAGCGGUUGUCCAAUUUCCAAUCAAUGUUCAACGAGGCAGUGGAGCAGAUCAGAAGUGCCCACUCGGUUACCACACGCUGGGUGCCAGUGGAUUGUCUCCCGAUGGAUCGCAUGCGGUCUGAGUUGGAGCAAGCACAAUCAUUCUACGAUGCUUGCGAACCACUGGUGGUUCUGCUGAACAAUUUGGACCGACAGUUACUACAGUUUCAAGACGCCCAAAUUACUUUCGAACCCAGUCUGAUUACCCAACAAGCCGCGCUAAGAAACGA